GGGAUCAGUCUGUCCUGUGCACUGGGGGUAAUUCACCUGGGUAUGCGGUGCAGAACUCCAAUGGGCUUCGCUGACAUCGGUGCCAUCGCGUCGCAUACGAUGAUUGGCCGGAAUAUAUGCGAGGUGCUUGAGUAUUUCUGUGGGAGUGCGAAAUCGCCUCUCACUAGACUGUGCGGUUACCUCAACUGCCUUUUGCCUAGUGCGCCGAAAACGCUGGCGGACAUGUUCAGCUUCUACUAUCACCUCACCGAUCGCUGGGGUAUGCAUGGCAAUGAUCAUAAACAACUGGCAUUUACAGAGAAAGUCACCGCUGCCAAUUUCGGGCGUCAGUAUAAUGAUUUGAAAGUCUACCACUUAUUUACCCCUAGCCACUCAGCAUUGAAGAAGGGCCACUCCGAUGGCAGCCUGGGCAGUCUCGUAUGCUUAUCAAAGGACUCCGUCGUAUGCGGUCCUUAUCUGCGUCCCAUCACUCACGCCAUCUACGAGACUUUCUCGUCAGAACACGCCGAUAAAUAUUUGUCGUGGAUUGUCUACCUGACGGCGACGUUCUACGAUCUGCUUAAGAAAUUGUACGAUGAGUGCAAUUCCAAAUGCGGUGCCAGGGGAUCGAAUUGCCAUGAAAAGGCGUGCAUCAAGGAAUGUAGAACUACAUCCACCACGUAUCAACCGCCACGAUAUCACGAUCCCAAAUGCAAAUCCAUUGUACAGUGCAAUGCUACGCUGCCGACAUUGGCAAAAUACGGCUUUGUUCUCGGCAAUGCAGAGAAGCUGAACGGAAGUGAACGACCGCAAACGAAACGCACGUGCAGAGAUUUCUGUGAUGUAUUUGCGGAGGCAUUUGAGAAGGACUCACAUCUUGUGCAACUCUUCAAAGCCAUUGAUAAUUUCAUUUUCACCAUCAGGCAGCCGUUCAUCUGGCUUAACGUGGCACUCUGGUCACUAUCCCUGUUCUACCUAAUCUGCGUAAUGGUUGGCAGACUGGAUGUGCUCCACAUACGCUCACACCUGAGGAUACCGUCAUCGCACAAGAUAACGGCGCAAUCACUGUUGGCUGCAGCGCAAGUCGGAAGGCUUGCCAAGAUAUCGUAUCUACAGCCGUAA